AUGUACCGUUCUGGUGGGGCGAGUGUGCGCCCAGGAACGGCAACUGCUGCACCUUCGAAUCAACCAAGUCCGCCGGCAGAGCCAGUCAAGCCUGUUCCUUCAGGUCCCAACGUUGAAGUUGAUGAGAGUGCAACCAAAGAUUCUCAAGUCGCCAACCCUACCACAAACGAGAAUCCAGUCUUAACCGGUGUCAUGGAUAAUGCCCCACGAUUAGAACAAUUGAACUGGGAUGAUAUGCAGUUGGACGGAGAGUGGAACAGUCAAGACCCUACUCAGGUCGACAAAUUAUUGACAUCUCUUGGCGCAUUUUGCAACGACGGAAGCGCACCGGAUGCGCACCCCCAAUCUUCACCCGACCAACUUCACUUCCAACUGAAUUCCUCCAAUCUCCAUGCAUAUGACCACAGCCAGCCUAUCGGUAACAUCUUCCAAACCCAUAAUAUUGGCAGAGCCGAGAUGGACAGAGGCAUAGGCGAUGGCUCAAUGAACAUGGGAAUGGAAAAGCCGAUGCACAUCCCCAGCAUUGCUGUAACACAGCUGUCUCAGCUCAGCAUGGACCUUGCCUUAUUGCGCUACACAAGCUACAAUAUGGCCAAAGCAGCAGAAACGCCCCCGUGUCAUAUGCCGAAUGAUAGAAGAAUCCCGUUGAUCGAUAGUUCUGCCUUUGAGUUCGUGAGCACAUGGCUGGCCCAUGGUCAAGGGUUCACAGGAAUGAAUGGACCUCAAUUAGCACCUGAAACCCAGGUCCCUUAUCCAACUCCCAUCUCUGAAACAGGAACUUGCGCCGGUCGCACACUGAGAGAGGUCUUCUGUUCGUCGCAGCGGUUGUUAGAAAUCCUGGGACAAUUGCAAUUCAGUCUCAUGGUCGAAGUCAACCCUUAUCCUUCACCGAUAAUCACCCCACCGGAAAGGCCAUCCACUGCAGUCUCUGGUGGGGAUAGCGGGUCCCUUGGGUUGCCGAAUGGUUCGGGUAUCGCGGGCCGAUCCGUUCCCUGCCCGAACACGGGAAAUGGAACCAUGCAGGUCAUUCAUUAUCUGGUCAUGGCUUGUGAGGCGUUGCUGUUGGAGAUCUAUGUCGCCGUUCUUGUCGCCUUGCAACAUGAGGCAUAUUCAUCGACCAAUGGAACCGUCCUGGGAGAUGUGCGUCUGGUGUUGGUAGUAGAGCUUUGUUCCUACCUCAUCGAACGCCAACUCCAAGCCGUGGACUCAUACCUGGCGCCGCAGGCUCGUCUGCAUCCGCAUAUUAUGAGUGGGCCGAUUCCUCCGAAGUUCGAUAUUCCUGGGGGGCCUGAUAGUCUUGAUAAGGAUAGAGAUAUGUUGAAUGAUCUCAGGAACCAGGUGCAGGAGAGACUCGGGCACCUUCGACAAACUCUGCGUUGUAGAUGA